GAUAAUCGAAAUAGCCGGAGGUAGGGAAAUAUAUUCCCAGAGUAGAAGCAAAGCCUUGAGGAAAUCUCGUAGCUCUUUGGUGGCCGAGGAUGGCGAGAAAAAGAGUCAGAAAUCGCCUAUGAGGCAAGGCGUAUGGGAAUUGCGUAGCAGAAACGAGGCGAAAAAGUUACGGAAUUCCCGAGACUAUACCGAGACAGUAUUUUCAUCCGAAGUAUGUUCGGUGGCUCAUGAGAAAGACGAAGAAGCCGCGGUAGAACCGACGAGUCCGGUAAGCCCGAUGACGUUUCCCGGAGAAGUAGUCGUUUUCGAUGACAUCGGCGAGAACUGGCAAGCCGAAGAAAACAACCGUAGUGUCCAAAAAGAGCAUUCCAAUCACACUGCCUCAAAAAUGUUCAAUACCAGCGAUACCGAUAGCGAUAAAGUUACCAAAGUUAUAGGGAGUUUGCCUAUUGCCGUUUAUGAAGGUUCGCCUAGAAGAUACGGACAAAGACAUACCGAAACAAAUUGUCACCCGCAGCUUCCUAGUGCACAAAGUUUAUUAGCUUCUCCUAGCGUUUAUCCACCUCGACCUGGUUUUCCUCAGCGAAUUGUCAACACACCUAGUCCCGUAGAAAACGAAGCAAGCAUAAAUGUCGAAAACAACACCUACAAUAAGAAGACUUCAUCUCCCAACACCACGACUUCAACGUUUGAUUAUCUAUACGAAUUUUCGGAAACUAGAAAAGUAUUGGAGGAAUUCUUCAAGUGUCCUCCUCCCGAGGAAGAGAAUCGGUUAGAGGAAGAGUUUCAAGAUUUAGAGUAUGAAUUGAGACGGCAGGCCAACGAUUCGGGCAACUCGUACGUUGGACAAAGGUUAGCUAAGAAUUUACCCAAUGAAAAUGAGUUUUGUAUGAGAAUUGACUCGCCUAGGAAGUGUAUUAACAAUACUAAUAUACCUAUAAUUCAGGAUCAUGAUAUUACGGAGCACGAGAACAACUUUUUAGACCUGUCAAUCGGAACAGGAUCUAGCGGUGACUUGGGCGAGACCGAGGUUGGUCUACAAGUAGGACAUAGUAGAAAUUUUACCCUUUCCCCCGAAACAACAGACUGUGACUCUAAUUGUGGAGACUUAGAUAGUGAAGUAUCUUUAAUGCUAAUGGAAAAUGAUAUGGGACCUUCUAGUGGCCUCUUAGGAUCAAACACAGAUUUAGCUAUUCCUAGUGAUUCUUUACGCUUAUACUCUAGUAUGCCAGUAUUAGAAGAUGGUUUGUCAUCGGGCCAUGCUAGUGAUACUGAUAAUAAUAAUCCGACAGUUAUGCUCAUGAAGCGUCAAAUCACCGAGAUCGAACGAGAAAUAAAUCAAGGAGUUUGCAAAACAAAUUCGACGAAGGCAAACGAAAAUGGUUUGUCGCCCAAAAAUGAAAUACAUAAUGCUUCACCGAUCGAUAUCAAUGGUUGCGUUAGUAGUUUCGAAGAACCCAUGACAAUGUCUCAGACCGAUUCGUUAGAAAAAACUCCACCGCCGCCAGCUCCUGCACCCCACCGCUUGAUACAAGGAGAGAAAACGGACGACGUAGAAGCAGCCAUAAAAGAUAUCAGACUGACAUUGCAAAGAACCAAAACGUUACCUCUGCAACGCCAUCCUGAAGAGGAAUCCGAAGAAAACGCAGCCAGCCCUAUUUGGGUGCCAAGUCAUUUCAGGCAAAGGGGUCUGUCCAAUGCCAGUGGAGAUUCUGAUAGGAAGGCUAAUAGCGGACCAGAUGAAGAGGAAAAUGAUACUGAUUUGGAAACAGACCGCCUUUUGGGACAACAAAGAACAUAUGACCAGGGGUUUUAUGAUGACAAAGGUUGGAGAAAACCUAAAAGUCGGACUAUAAUGCCUCCACUAAGUCUAUCAAAUCCUAAACAAAUUCUAAACACUAUGGACGAAGGUACCCUCCCCCUAGUCCCUCCUGAAACUCAAAUCUCUGACCCUCCCUCUCCGACAGCUGUUUCCGAAAAAAGUCAAUCGCCCCAAAGCCAAAAAGGAUCAGUAUCUUCGAAUAAAGUCAAAAAGGAUAAAGACAAUAAAAAGAAAGGGCGAAAUAAAGAAGAUGUCAUUCAACGUUCAGUAUUGAUAGAAGGAGUGCUGUUUCGAGCAAGAUAUUUGGGAUCGACUCAGUUGGUGUGCGAAGGUCAACCAACAAAAACAACAAGAAUGAUGCAGGCCGAAGAAGCAGUGUCAAGGAUCAAGGAGGUAUCCAACCAAAUGAUUCAAAGUUAUGGGCAACCAUUUGUACCGAGUAGCCCUGAAAGUGGCAGCAUCGAGGAUGAUUCACAGGUGGGGCCAGAGCUUGGAAUGUUAACAGAAAAUUCCUUGCAACCUCAUAGUAGCGUGAAAAGUGCUUAUACAGAAGGUUCACCAUGCUUCAAUGAAAAUCCUCUUGGAUCAGCUGGAACAGUGUUUCGUCUGCACUUCCUUGGUUCUGUUGAAGUGGACGAGGAAGGGGGUAGGAAAAGAAGAAAAAGGCUCAAGAAAAAUAUGGUAGAAGUAGCCGUAACAAAGAUUAAGGCUUUGGCUCCAGAUGGCGAAAGUCAACCGAGUACAGAAGUGGAUCUUUUCAUCUCCACCGAAAAAAUAAUGGUCCUCAACACCGACCUCAAAGAGAUCAUGAUGGAUCAUGCCUUACGAACAAUCUCCUAUAUCGCUGAUAUUGGUGACUUAGUUGUUCUUAUGGCCAGAAGACGAUUCGUCCCUCACGAAAUGGAAGACGCUCCAAAAAUCAAUCGAACACCCAAAAUGAUUUGUCACGUUUUCGAAAGUGAGGAAGCUCAGUUCAUUGCUCAGUCCAUCGGACAAGCAUUUCAAGUAGCGUAUAUGGAAUUUCUCAAAGCUAAUGGCAUCGAGGAUCACAGUUUCGUUAAAGAGAUGGAUUAUCAGGAAGUUCUCAACUCGCAGGAGAUUUUCGGAGAUGAGUUACAGAUGUUUGCGAAAAAAGAAAUGCAGAAGGAGGUUGUGGUUCCAAAGGCAAAAGGAGAAAUAUUAGGUGUAGUUAUAGUAGAAUCUGGUUGGGGCUCAAUGCUACCUACGGUUGUGAUAGCGAAUCUUGCUCCAAGCGGUGCUGCUGCUAGGUGCGGCCAGUUGAAUAUUGGCGAUCAAAUAAUAGCUAUAAACGGCGUUAGUUUGGUUGGACUGCCGUUAUCGACAUGCCAAACCUAUAUAAAAAAUUCCAAAAAUCAAACUGUAGUUAAAUUAACUGUAGUACCUUGUGCUCCUGUAGUAGAAGUCAAAAUUAAGAGACCUGAUACAAAAUAUCAACUUGGAUUCAGUGUACAGAACGGAGUGAUCUGUAGUUUAUUGAGAGGUGGAAUAGCGGAACGAGGUGGUGUUCGUGUAGGACACAGGAUUAUCGAAAUCAACAACCAAAGUGUGGUAGCAGUUCCGCAUGAAAAAAUUGUGAAUUUGCUAGCCACAUCAGUAGGUGAAAUUCUGAUGAAAACGAUGCCGACUUCCAUGUUCCGUUUGCUUACCGGUCAAGAGAAUCCCGUAUAUAUUUAAGUUGAAACUAACCGAGGUUCGAAAGUGCCUACUUGUAGUUGAUAUUGAACUGUCCUUGGGAAUUGUUUUAUUUUGAUCGUGCUUGAGUCGCAGAUCAAUAUAUUUUUUAUUGUUAGUAUAAGUUCUACAGACUGAAGACAAUACAAGCAAAGAACUGCGCUCUGCACAAAUCAUUUUGCGCUGAGCUUUCGUGAUAGACCAUAUCUCUGCUUUGUCGCGUAAUUAGUUCAAUCAUUUUAGCUAAUGUUAGGAGGAAAUCUCGGAUGUAUUCCAUACGGAACAUUUUUGGUGAUUUUUGUGUAUAUGAUGCAAAACUAACACUAUAUUCUAUAACACUACUUCUAUAACUUUCGUGCUACGGUUGUUCAACAUCGUGAUUUGAAAUGGAAGAUGGUAUAGGAGUUUUUUUUUAAUGAAAUCAAUAAUGUAUUGAAUUUGUCACAGAUUAAGUACAUGAAAGGGUUUGAGGAUCGUACAUUUUUGUUAUUCAAGUUGGUACAAAUUUUUUGUCUACUAACGACGAAUUUCAAUAAGCAUUUAUUGCUUAAAUCUUCUUUCCGAAGUACUGCCUGAAGAUUUCUGAGAAAGAGAUCCACAUUUCAUAGAAAUAUCUCCAGUCUGCAUUAUUAUUUGUUAGGGCCAAUUAUAAAAUGAGAAAUAAUUUCAAUAAAACCUAGAAAAUCUCGGUGAAGGCUGUCAUUGAACGAAUUCUCAACAUAAAUCUAAGAAAAUUGUUGAUGAAAAAACAGAUGUAAUAUUCUUCCCUAUUAUAAUAUAAUAAUACUAUUGAGUUAACUGUUUAAUACAAGACAUUGACAUAUAUUGAAGGAACAUCAAAAUAUAUUUUAAAUUAGAAUUCUAAACAUUCACCACCUGUCACAAUGUGAUUGUUUUGAAUUUUAAUUCGAAAUAUUCAUUUUCUCAAUAAGCAUGUAUCUCUCCUUGAUAUGGCCAUCAAACUUAUGUUGAUUAUUGUUAAAAUUUUGGUACAUGGCGUGCUUCUUUUCAUUUUGGGACUGUUCACGAAAUGAAACUGUUUUAUUGUCUCUCACAUUUGGAAUAUUUUGGAUUGUUUAUCAGUCUACCACUUUGAUAAUAUUGAUGAGUAUAUUCAUGUAUGUAAUUCUUCUCAAGUUUUUAAAUAAAUGAGAGAAAAGUUAUUCAACUUCAUACCAAAACGACAAUUUGUUUUUCCAGUCGGAAAAAUUUUUAUUUUCUGCAAUUUUUGGCUUUAUUUUUCCAUAAAGGUUCCUGAAUUCCUGAAUAUUUGUCUGACUUGAAGAAAUCUAAGGAUUGUGAAACGCUAGAAAACCCAAUAGAUUAUGUAAUAUGAAAUAACGGUAUUUUGCAUAUCUCCCAAUCAGUAAUUUCAUAGAAAUCUUGUCAUUAUGAAAUUAUAGUAUUCAAUUCGAAAAUACAUCUACAUUAUAAUGUUUCACGUUCAAUUAUCAAGUAUGAAAUCCACCCACUUCUGAGAUUUUUGCAAGCCACAGAAACAAUCUCCAUAGUUUUCAUGACAUGUACCAAAUACAUAAACUCUUCAGUUCUUGUGUUCCAAAAUAUAUGAUAUGUCCUAUAAAAAUCGAAUUUUUGUUCAUCUCAACAAAGUUUUACUUGAUGUGUAAUUUCAUCUGUAGCUCGCUUGCGUUUUGCAAAAUGAAUUCCUUGAUACCAAUCGAAAAUUAGGACAAUAGUUGAAUAACCUGAUAUGAUCACUCUGUCAAUAAGUGAUUCAUUCAAACAGUUACUGGGUAAAUGAAUAACUUUGUGUGGAUAAGGUGAAUCACCGAUUUUAGGAGCAAUAUAGGUUGUUAGUAUUUAGACAGUGUUGUUCAGUUGACAACACUGGAUAGUAGUCUUCUGUAAACAUAUCUCUUCUGGUGAAUUAGUUUCUCAAAAUCGAUGACAGCUAUCUUUGAAUAUUUUUCAGACUUCUUUGAAACAUGCGUGACAAAAAUACAGGAGUUACUGUUUUUACUUGGUUUCAGUUCUGUUAGCAAAAAAUUAAUCUUUAUACAACAUUACAAAUUUUCACUUUUUUUUUAUCUUGUAAAAUGGUACAGAUGAUGAAUAAAAAAGUUUGUAUCCCCAAUUAUUUUCUUGCGGGAUCUGGCUAAAUCUGAACAGUUGAAUCAGCCAAUUGAAAACUUCUAUAUCAUUUUUUUAUUUCUGGGUUCAGUUGACAAAACAUGCUUUAGUUUGCCAUCUUCCAUUUCAAAAAGAUAUAUGAACAUUCAAGAAAGCUUAGAGUCCCUUUUGGGUUUCUGGUUCCAUUGUGAAUUGGUUUGACUUCUAAGGGUUGUCGUUCGUAGGGGUGCGACAGCUGGUUAACGAAAAAAAAACGAGAGUUUAGAUGUAGUAAUGCAGACCACUGCUAAAAAACCAGUUUUUCAUCAAAAUCCUAUCUAUUUCAAUAGGAAAAGGAAAUAUCUUUGAAAACAUGAAAUUGAACACAUAUUCUAUAGGAAGAACAAAUAUUAGUUUUCAGUUCUAUGAAAUAAUGAAAUCCACGGAAAUGAAAGUACGUUAUUAAUUCAUAAAAAUGGUGAAUAUUACAUCCCAACACCAAACCGUUAUUUUUGACACUUCGACACGUGUUUCAAUCAACAAGUAAUCAUCUUCAAGAGGAAGAUCGAAAAAAGAGUUUAAUCUGCCUCUGGAAGAUGAUCACGGUGUCGAAUAAACGGUUUGGUGUUGGGAAAAAACUCCAGUAAUAUCCAUUACUACACCAAAGGUUCCAAAUAGUGCAUCACAAGUACAUAAAAAUGGUGAAAAAGGAUGCUUUUAUCACAGUAAAUGUUCAAAACAAAAACAAUUUUGUAGUUCAACAGAAAUUUUUCGUAUGGAAUCAGAAGAGACUUGUUCUACCAUUCAACAAAUCUGAACUAAAAUGAGUGCAUUGAACCUAUUUAUUUAUUGUGAAUGUGAAGAGCAUACCAAAGACUGUUGGUUGGCUUAAAAGAAUAUUUCAUCCCUUCCCAAUUGAAGAAAAUGAUCGAGCACAGAACAAACUUUGCUUUACUGGGUUUUCAAAUGAUUCAUUUUGAUUUUAUUCUUUUCGUUCAAUACUGGACAGUUUUUAUAUACG